AUGGCUCCAGUUCCUACUCGCCUCAACGUGGCUCCCGUCCCUCCGGAUGAGAUCUUCGCCUUGAACGGCGCCUACUUCGCCGAUCCCAACCCCCAGAAAGUGAGCUUGGGAGUAGGUGUCUACCGUACAGAUGACGGAAAGCCAUGGCCUCUCCCAGUAGUCGAGAAGACCGAGAAAGUGCUCGCAGCCGAGAAUGAUCUCAUGCGACACGAAUACACCGCAAUCGAGGGCGAUGUCCCCUUCCUGGGACUAGCACGGGAUCUGAUGUUCGGAUUUGAGAGCGGCGACGGCGACAAGGAGGCCAAGGCACGCAUUGCAUCAGUUCAAACUGUCGCCGGUACCGGCGCAAACCACCUCGGUGCUCUGUUUCUAGCACACCACAUGAAGCCACGGACCGUCUGGCUGUCGAAUCCCUCUUGGGCGAACCAUAUGACUAUUUGGGAGUUGGCUGGUGUUCCUCGCAAGACAUACCCUUACUACCAUGCUGCGACUCGGUCAUUCGACUUCGACGGUAUGAUGACUACACUCGAGACAGAAGCGGAGGAAGGCGAUGUUGUCCUCCUGCAUGCCUGUGCGCACAACCCUACCGGUCUAGACCCGAAUAAGGAGCAGUGGAUUGCUAUCGCAGAAGUGUGUGAGCGCAAGAAGCUGUUCCCCUUCUUUGACUCUGCGUACCAGGGUUUUGCCUCUGGAUCCGUGGAGGAGGAUGCCUGGGCUGUGCGGUACUUCUUCAACAAUAAGCCUGAUAUGGAGAUGUGUGUGGCUCAGUCUUUCUCAAAGAACUUCGGUCUGUAUGGUCAGCGUGUUGGUGCUUUCCACUACGUUACUAACCGAAGUGCUACUUCUAUUCGUGACAUCGUGGUGAACAACCUGUGCCAUCUUAUUCGUGGCGAGUUCUCCAUGGGACCGCGCAUUGGUACCACUAUUGUUAAGAAGAUCUUGACCAAUGACGAAUUGAUUGCCGACUGGCACCAGGAUUUGCAGGUCAUGAGCUCCCGUAUUAAGACCAUGCGCCAGGCACUAUACGAUGAGCUGGUGCGCUUGAAGACUCCUGGUACCUGGGAGCACAUUAUUGAGCAGAAUGGAAUGUUUUCCUACACCGGAUUGACUCCUAAGCAAGUCUAUGCCCUUAAGGAUCAGUACCACAUCUACCUGCUCAAGUCCGGCCGAGCAUCUAUUAGUGGCUUGAGCGAGAAGAACGUCAAAUACGUGGCGCAAGCCAUCGACUAUGUUAUUCGCAACGUACUGUAA